CAGGAGGAUCACAAUUUAACAGUUCGUUUUACACCUGAAUUUUGAUUUUGACAUUUCUUUUGUGUAAGACAAAGGAAGAGAGAGAAAGGGAGAUCGAUACUCAUCAACAUUGUUGAGAGGGUGAAUUUAAAAAUUUCAAUCUCGUCAUUACAAAUUCAUUUAAAUUAUUGUGAAAAAUACCAGUUUUGAAUACUGGCGAUAAGAAAAAUGAAAUGGACUGAUCAAUGCCAAUCUAUGUUGAAAUAAUCAUUUCUGCAUCGUAGCAAGUGAUAUUUAAGGAUUACUUAACACGUCAAUAAGAAACAUGAAGUUGUGCCCAGUCCUCGCGAAGGAAUACAAUAUAAUUACAAUAGCCAAUAUGGACUCUUUACAGCUGAGUACUUACAGCAGACGACCCGGAACCAAAGUCAAGGUCACUUGUCUCUCAAACACACUAAAGGUCCUCGGGCCUACGUGGCUAACCUGUCAAAAUAAUGGAACGUGGGAUAAACCGAUUCCAAGAUGUGUGAGCAAAGAAGAAUUCGAAGCGGAACAAUUGAAAACAUCUUCUGUUAUAAUCCCCACAGAAAAACCUAUCAAAGGAGCAUCCUCCUCAUCAGAAUCUGAUUCGUCAUUUGGAAUUUUCGCCGGAAGCAUUACUCCAUAUAUCAUUACAGUCUGUGUUUUAGCCAUUAUGUUUUUAAGCCUUGUGUUCAUUCUGACUUAUUUAGUGCGCAUGCGCAAACUUAUUAAUAGAAAAAUAGAGGAAAUUGAAGAAAAAGACCGCCGACCUGCACACGUGCGAAUAUUUGACAGUCUGCCUUCUCGACAGUCCGGUUCCACAACAGUCUAUGACUACUUCCGUCAAACAAAUUCUCCAACGCCAAGCGCAUCAGCGUCAUCACACAGCUCUGAACGCUUCAAACGCACACAUGACCAGGAUAGAAAUGACGUCCCAUAUUUUAACACUUUCGACCAACGUUUUAAACGUGAGAGAUACCAAGAUCGACUCGAAGGCGCUCAUUCACAAUAUGACCCGCGAGUCAGACGUGCAAGAAGUCAUGAAUAUCUUCAAACCGCCUUUGCAAAUAACUACGAUGAAAGGUUACGACGGGAGCGCGACAGAGACAGCAGGUCGUUACAGUACACAGUCGCAGAGGACAGGUGGUUCAAUUCGAAUUACUAAAAAAAUCCUCUAAUUUCACGGUAUUAAGGGUAAAAAAGACAGAUGAUUCAUUUGAAUUUACUUGUGAUAUAAAAUAAAUAUCGGUAAAAAGGUUGGAAAAUUAUUUUCCGUUAAAUUUUUCGUGAUAGAUUGAAACACUUUUUAUUCCUUGAAAUGAUGGUUUUCGUUUUGAAGAAUGAAAGGAAAAUUCUUUAUUCAUCGGGUAUGUUUAUCUUUCCACUGUUCAAAUAUAGCAAAUCCAAUUUUUGUACUAUUUAUAAAUUAUAAAAUGUAUUUGAUUCCAUGUUUGGAUAAGCAUUCAAUUUAUGUAUGCUUAUACAUUGUAUGCAAGGGAAUGUAUUUAUGUAUAAUAUUGAUGUUUUCGAGAGGAGUGUUUUAUAUAUAUAUUUUUGUCUUGGGCAUUAUGUGUAUAUUUAUAAUUUUGUUGCGUCUCAACUUUCCAAACAGAUCUGGAAAUAUUUGUAUAAGCUAUAUAUGUUAGCAAUACUUAUACUGAGAAGGGAACGAUUAUGCUAUAAAUUAUCUUAAUCAUUGAAAUACAUAAAAUAUAUAUCUACAUGCCUCUUUGCUUUCUUUUGUUAUUUAUUAAAAUACCUUUUGUCAAAAAAUAAUACAGACGGUGGAAUAUUU